AUGACCGCGCGCGACAAGUCUAAGCUCUGCGGGUACGUUCCUCGAUUAAAUGUAGAUCAUGAGAUGUUCAAAGAGUUGCAGAAACAUAAUAUCACCCUGAGCGACGUCGGCGAUGCGACCGCACCUGACAUCGGGCUUUUGAUCGGCGCAGAUCACGCAGGCGUGUUGCUCACGGAGAGUUUCGUGGAACUGAACAAUAACCUCGUGGCAAUAAAGAAUAAAUUUGGAUGGACGCUUCAAGGGCCUAUCAUGAACACAUGCAGUGUCCUAAUGAACGUAGUAUUGGAAAAUGAAACUAAGUUGACAGUUUAUGACAGAGAAGUAAACAUAGAAACUGAGAAAGUAGUGCUCGCUAACAAUACUGCAGAUUAUUUUACGUUUCUGUGUUCUCUCCUAUCCGGCUACGCCGCUAACAGAGUCGGUCGCAAGCCAAUCCUGCUUCUCACAUCUAGUUUUAACAUUCUCGGCUACGCUAUCAUGGCUAACGCUGUCAAUGUCAGUACGAUGAAGGUGGGAAGGUUUACUGCUGGCAUUGCUGCUGGGUCUAUCCAUGUAAUCAACGUUGUUUACCUUGGUGAGAUGGCAUCACCAGAAAUGCGUGGUGCCAUAAUAGCUAUGGCCGGCAUCAUGCAUGUAUUUGGAAACCUGCUAGUGUGUUCCCUGGGCCCGUAUGUGUCUGUAGGGGUGACCUGCUAUGUGUGCGUCUGUAUCAGCUGUGUGCAUGUACUGGUGUUGUGUUAUGUACCGGAAUCUCAUGUGUAUCAAGUGAUGAAAGGUAAACUUAAUGAUGCUAGACUCACUCUUCACGAUCUAGGAAGAGAUGAAGACGUCGAAGAAGAAUUAAAACUCAUUUGUAAACAUAACAACGAAGCGCUACUACCACAAACGAAAGACGGGCAUAGAAAAGCAAAAAGAUGCUUAAUAAGACAUGAGAGGAAGAAUAUAAGAGCCUUUUACAUAACGACCGUUCUUCUAUGUUUGCAAGCUACUCGUGGGAGAAUAGCAGCGAUUUACCUAGCAACUAUAAUUUUGAAAAUAAAAUUUUCUUCAUUGUAUCAUAAUUUUGGGAAUGUUGUGCUUGGAUUGACAGAGUUGUGUGGGGUCAUCAUGACCCCCUUGCUGGUUGAGAGGUGUGGCCGACGGGUCAUGUUGAAGAUGUCGCUUGGUUUUUGCUGUUUGUUUAUGACUAUCUUGGGCACAUAUUUGUACCUUGAAGUCAACCAUUACGUGAUGACUGAUACAAUUAAAUGGCUACCACUUGCAUCGCUGUUGUUAUUUUUAUUCGCUUACAACUUUGGUGUUGGCAUCGUACCAAACAUCUUAAGCGGCGAGAUGUACAGCCCACCUUUCAGCAGCACCUUCUGUUCCAUCUCCAUGUCCUUGGCGUGGUUGGUACGCCUUCACAGCUGGAACUUCAACCUUCUCGUCACAGAUAUCUUCACCCCCGGUAACUUCUACGCUUGUGCAGCUGUCAACGCUAUGGGCCUCGUUUUUGUGAUAUUCGUCGUGCCCGAAACGGCGGGGAAGAGUUUGAAGGAGAUUGGAAAUUCGCUUGAACGUCAUUGUGUUUUUUGA